CAUUGUUGUCAAAACGAUCGCAGGCAGCUGCUACAAACAAACAAUUUUUAUUGUGCUAACAAUUUCUUUGUUGAAAAAUAGUGACCAAAGACCUGUAAACAGUCGGCAGCGCAAAGGGAAAUAUGUGGUGAGCCUGCCGCCGUGCAUUGACCACCGCCACUAUGCAGGGUUAUCUGCGACGCGAUUAGAUAACGGCGCAAAGUGUCCGAUUUAAUGUUAUCAAUAGGAGAGCCUUCUUCAGUUUUAUGUAAUUUUGGGACCUGCCAGGGUAUUGCGCUGGCUUAUGCUUUCGUGUGAGAAGUGGUAACGCGGUGCGUCGACCGGACCGGAAUACAAACUAUUUGCCCGAACGCAUUUCAACUGGAACGUGGCAUAGGUUUGUGUUCAGCGAACGGGCAAUUAUCAGCAAUGGAGAGAUUAAAGAACUGUUUACUCAAAAAACCAUCCAAAAACGAUCUGGACGAUGGACUGGAAACGGCCGCUGAGUACACGGAACGCUGGACGUCGGUGCGAAUCAUCUACUACACCAUGUUUCUCAUGUCGCUCGGAUUCAGCAUCAUCCUCACGGGCGUGUGGCCAUACCUCGACAAGCUAGAUCCUCACGCCGGCAAAGAGUUCCUGGGAUGGAUAGUGGGUGCCAAUCCGGUCGGACAAAUGAUCUUCAGCCCGCUGGUCGGAUGGUGGGGCAAUCGGCUUGGUUCGAUCCGGCUGCCCCUACUCUGCUCGCUGGCGCUAUUUUCCAUCGCUAGCGGCAUCUACGCCUGCCUCGAGCUGUUCCCAACUGAUCAAAAGUAUUGGAUGCUGUACUCGCGCUUCCUCAUCGGCGUCAGCUCGUCCAGUGUGGCCGUGUGCCGGUCGUACCUGUCGGCGGCCACCAAGGUCAAGGAACGGACCGGUGCCGUAUCGAUGGUAUCGCUCGCGCAAACGCUAGGAUUUAUCGUGGGCCCCGUGCUGCAGGGCGCCGUAACGAUGUUCGGAGAAGAUGGACUGCCGCUGGUGAAAAACAAAUUGCACCUCAACAUGUACACGGCCACUGGGUGGAUAAACGUUUUGAUGGGAAUUUUGAACUUUUGUCUGUUCCUGCCGUUCGUGUUCAAAGAGAAACGAAUCGCGGCCCUCGAAGCCAUGAAACAGCAGGGCAUGCAGUCGGAGAAGGAAACGUGGAAAUCGAUGAAACCGGAUUAUUUAUCCGCCUGGACGCUGAUAUCUGCCUUUUUCAUUCUGGUGUUCAAUUUCGUGUUUCUCGAAACACUGGCCACUCCGUUGACGAUGGAUAUGUUCGCGUGGACGAAAGCCGAAGCCUUAUAUUACAUGGCAUGGAUUAUGGCGGUCGGAGCCAUACUGGCCAGUGCCAUGUUCCUGAUGAUUGAUCCAUUAUGCAAGCGAUUCCCGGAGCAGCAAGUUCUCAUCUGGGGCGGCUUUUUCCUCAUGGUGUUGGGACGCGCGGUUUACAUACCGAUGAGUGACACGCCGCCAAAGUUGGCACUUCCAGAAAAUGCAACACUCGCGUCGCUGCGCAUGGAGGACGAUGUGACGCCGUACGUGUACGGGUCGAAUUUUACAAACGUUUGGUCCAAUCUGACCAGGGUGGACUUUGACUACAGUGGACCUAUUCCCACGGCGGGCACAGAAACGUUGGACGGUGGUAUCGACGCGCUAGGCUGUCCACCAUCGCAGGAAUGGUGUAAAACUACGCGCGGUAUGACCAUUAGCCAAUUUCUGGUUGGCUAUGCGUUCACGGCCAUCGGGUAUCCGAUCGGCGUGACGCUUAUUACAACCAUCUUUUCGAAAGUGCUAGGACCGCGUCCUCAGGGCACAUGGAUGGGCAUCAUGACGGGCUCGGGGUGUCUAUCGCGAGCACUGGGGCCGGUAUUUUUAUCUACAAUCUACACCAAGUACGGACUAUACUGGACCUUUGGCAGCACGGCGGUAAUGAUGGCGGCCACCAUGAUGUGGCUAUGGCAAAUGAGAGAAAGACUAGUGCCGAUCCCUUACGACGCAAGCUGUAGAGGAGAGGAGCUCGUGUCGGUGAUCACGAAAGGAGAUCAAGCGUCGGAAGAAAAAAAGACAACCGAAGAUGGUGGCGAUCAGCUUAACGGAAAUUCAAAAGACAGCAGCACUCCCGGCGAUAGCUGAUCCCUUCGCGGAACGGCUGAUCAUGUAGCUGCAGGGAAACGAAUUGCUCAGUUUAUACACAUAUAUAUUCUAUUCAGCGUUAAGGAGCGGCGUGUUCGUUGUGAUAUUUUCCUCGUUGGUAAGCGAACCGUAUACAAUUAGGUAGCCGUUUUGUGAAAGCAUUCAGCAGUGAAUGAAACGAAAUCGCACAAAAAACA